GAGGCAAUAAUGCCUUGGAGAGUCUUGAAGAAGGAGUCAAGUAAAGGAGUAGAGUAGAGGAAUUGAGUGAGCGGAUCUUUAAAAUAACACGUUCAAAUCGGACUAGUCGAUGAAAACUUGGGGUAUCGUUCAGUCACUCUUGGAAGUUCACCUCGUGCAAAUCGAUUGUAUCCGAUAAAGUUUAAUAAAAUCGAUUACUUUGGUGGUAAAUCAAGUAGGAGACCUGGUUCGCGUCUGCAUUCUUCGGUCUUGAUUCUUUUAAAUCGUUGGGUAACGCGAGACCUCCUUUCCUUAAGGAGAAGUGAAACCAAAAAAUAAUAUAAUGAUUUAUUGAUUUUUUUAAAUAUUUAAAAUAUUCUGAUUUUAAAUUUUUAAAAAUGGGCAGUCCGUUGAAAGCUUUGCAAGAUGAUGAACGAUUUGCAUUAAUGAAAUUCAGGCGCAGCGUCAAAGAAAUCCUUGAACCUCAUCACGAUGACCAAUUUUUAUUGCGCUGGCUCCGAGCGAGAAAAUGGGACCCCGUUGCUGCGGAGAAAAUGCUUAGAGAUUCACUGGAGUGGCGGAAAAAAUGGGAUGUUGAUAAACUUGACGAGUGGGAAGAGCCAGCGAUUUUAAAAGAGGGUCUUCCUCAUGGGCUCUGUGGUUUUGAUAACGAUCAAUCUCCAGUGGUUGUGGUUCCAUUCAGUGGACUUGAUAUGUACGGAAUUCUUCAUGUGGUGUCAAGACGUGACGUGAUUAAGGCAACAAUAAAAACUCUCGAGUAUUAUUUAAAAUUGUGCAAUGAGCAGAGCAAGAAGCAUGGAGUUGCUGCGAGCCAAGUUACUGUUAUUUUUGAUAUGGAAGGAUUCAAUUUGAGGCCUUUCAUGUGGAGACCUGCUGGAGAAGUUGUUAUAACCCUGAUACAAAUGUAUGAGGCAAAUUAUCCAGAGAUACUGAAAACCUGUUUUAUUAUUAACGCGCCCAAGGUUUUUACGUUUGCCUUUUCUAUUGCUAAAAAAUUCAUGAACGAGUACACCAUUUCAAAGAUUCAAAUUUACAAAGCCGAUCCAGAGAGAUGGAAAAAUGCGAUACUUAAAGUCGUCAGUAAAGAUCAAUUGCCGGCACAUUUCGGUGGUACUCUAACUGAUCCUGAUGGAAAUCCUAGAUUGACUACCAAAAUCUGUCAAGGCGGUAAAAUAUCUAAAGACUUGUACGUUAAGAAAAAUGACAUAAGUAAUGACGACUACAAGACCACGAUUGUUAGAAAAGGUGAUAAAUUCAAGAUUGAAAUGAAACCGGAAAAGUUGGGAUCGAUCCUAAGCUGGGAAUUUAAAACAGAAGACCAUGACAUUAAAUUUGGAAUUAUCAAGAAAAAUGAUUCUGGUGAAAAAAUAGAAGUCGUUCCCGUUCACCGGGUUGCUGCUCAUCAGCUAGAGGAAGUUGGUGUUCUUACUUGUGAAGAUUUUUCAACAUAUUCAGUUGUGUUUGAUAACAGCUACAGCUUGAUGCGGAAUAAAAAAAUCCACUACAAUAUUCGUAUGGAAGAACCAAAUGAGAAUUUACAUGAAAUCGCUCUGCAGGACAAUUAAUUUUAAAUAAAAUAUUAAUCACUUU